AUGAACGAAACACUAAUGUUUUCCUUACGCGAUACUGAGCUGUUCACUCUAAAGCCUGAUAGCCCCGUACCAAGAUUACGGGAGGAACUCGAAGCUGCCAUACCACAGACUGUUCCAAGGUUCACUUUGUCACUGCUGUUAAAACCACAUAUGAAGGUCCGCUUACGACUAGGUUUUCUGCCAUCGGACUACACUCUUCGAUCAUCUCUGUUACUCAUUAGGAACAAUUUGACGGUGAUUGAACCCGUUGUGGUGUAUGGCAGAGGGGCACGAAUCGGUAUGCGUGUGGAAAAUAUGGAAGCACGCUCAAAACAACCUCUACUUUUUGAAAUUCGUCAUGAUCAUCUGAGCGACUGCAACAAUCCCAAACGUUUGAUGCAUAAACUCAGUUCUACACUCACAGUUCGUCGUCCGUUUUCGGUGAUGAACUCAGGAGAGGUGCCGUUUACUGUGGUUAACAUGAGUAUCAACGGUGUGCCCUGUGAAAACCGUGGUUUUCGCAUCCUCAACUGCUAUCCGUUUCGUCUCCAACCGAAUGAGACCUAUUCUCUUGAUGUCGCAUACACACCAGACUUUCUGACUACUACAAAUGAGGCGGAUCUUCAGCUUUACAUGCAUAUGAAUGGCAGCUCAUGGUUA